AAAUUUCAUUCCGAAAUGUUUAAUUCAAGAAGACGUCCCAUUUCUAAUAAACGUAAAGGCAUAAUUGGCUUAGUUAUCGCACUAGUUAUUUACUUAUUAUUUGUUGACCGAUUUCAAACGUACGAGCAAUCAGAAGUAAUUAAAAAUGCAAAGCCGGUGGCAGUUUGGGAAUUUAUUGCUGAUUUUAGUAAAAUGAAGCAACUUAAUCCAACAAUUUUGGAUUUUAAAAUUCUUUCCGAUGUUGGAAAUAUUAACGAUUGGAAGUAUACUGUGGAGUUUGUUGAGCAAUUAUCACAUUGGCCAAAUUGGCAGAAUACAAUCAAUGGCAACUUCCACGUUAGAAAAGUUUUACAGGAUCACAAAAAUCUGUAUCUUGUCGAAUCGACACACAAAGUCUGCUUCUUUAAAUUCUUCUGCCUCAAAUCAACUGGGGAAUUUCAAAUAAAGGAAUUUAAUACUGACGACACACACGUUACUGAAACUGUAACGUUUCAAUGUCCGCCAUUUAUGAGCACAUUAUGUCGUCGAGAAGUGGAAUAUCAGAGGACAAAGAUUUUGCAGAACUUAACAUAUCAUUUUGCUCAACUUUAUCGACAACAAGAGAUGGAAAUGAUGGAAUAAAUCUGGAUUAGGAAUCAAAUAAGUUCUGUAAUUGAAUAAGAAUGCUUAUAGAGGAUAUCGUCGAGAUAAAAGCAACAAUAAAUAGAUUUUAUGAGAUUUUAAAUGAGAAAAUGAAAUAAAUUUUUAGUAUCCAAUUUGAAAAC